AUGGUCGACCUCUCGCACUGCUUUGUCCCAGUGGCACCACCCACUGCGCCUCCCUCGCCCGUCUCGGAAGCACUCUUCUGCAAGGAUGGUGACGCUUCUGUUUCUUCAAUCUCAGUAGAGGGCCACAUCAAGCCAAAGGGCGGCUCACAGCCCGUCUACUAUGGAUCCAUCGAACAACAGCUUCGCACUGUCCUCGGCGAUGUCAAUGUCGACGAGUGCGAUGCGAACGGUGAGAAUGCCUUCUUCGUAGCCGAUCUGUCCGAGGUCUACCGGCAGCAUGUCAGGUGGCUGCGAGCUCUGCCUCGCGUCAUUCCCUUCUACGCCGUCAAGUGCAACCCCGACCCUUACGUCUUGCGAUUGCUUGCCGCUAUGGGCACCGGCUUCGACUGUGCUUCCAACGGCGAGAUUCAAUCAGUCCUCGACCUUGGUGUCUCACCAUCACGCAUCAUCUAUGCCAACCCUUGCAAGGCUGCUUCUUUCGUGCGAAAUGCCGCUGCUCACAACGUGUCUCUGACCACCUUUGACAACCUCGACGAGCUGCACAAGAUGAAGCGCUUCCAUCCCUCUUGCAAGCUCGUGGUGCGCAUUCUGACCGAUGACUCGAAGAGUGUCUGUCAACUCGGCCUCAAGUUCGGUGCCCCUCUUGACACGGUACCUCGUCUCCUGGCAAAGGCUCGCGAGCUCGAGCUCGACGUUGUGGGUGUCUCUUUCCACGUUGGCUCUGGCUGUUACGACCCCAAUUCCUUCGGUGACGCUGUUGCCAGGGCGCGAAAAGCUUUCGAGUACGGACGCGACGCGGGCUACACCUUCGACCUGCUCGACGUGGGCGGUGGCUACGAUCACGACAAUUUCGAGACCAUUGCUGAUGUUCUGCGUCCAGCCAUUGACGAGCACUUCCCUGACGCCGACUACGCUCCUGGUGGAGCCCUCGUUGAGGGCAAGCCCCACGGACUUCGCAUCAUCGCAGAGCCAGGAAGGUACUACGUUCAGAGAGCCUUCACGCUCGCUUGCAAUAUCAUUGCCAAGCGAGACGGGAGGACAGAGGUCUCCGAGGAGGAGCUGAACGAGGGCAGUGAGGCCACUGAUGCUUCUGAGCCAGUACAAGAACUAUCACCUCAGAUCAUGUACUACCAGAACGAUGGUGUAUACGGAGCCUUCAACAACAUCAUGUUCGACCACCAGAGCGUUCACCCUCAGGUGCUGACCCUCAACCGGCGCAUCGUCUGGCCAGCUGGCUCAAGCGAUAAGGAGACCUCGAAGGCGGCGAGCUCUACGCCUGCCCCACGGGUCGUGCCUUGUUCCGUCUGGGGUCCUACAUGCGAUUCGAUCGAUCUAGUGCGCAAGGUCGUACCUCUGCCAGAGUCGCUAGAGGUGGGUGACUGGCUAGUCUACGAAGACAUGGGUGCCUACACCAUCUGUGCUGCCUCCAACUUCAAUGGCUUGAGGAGGAGCGAGGUGAAGUACAUUCUGGGUGGCGGUAGCGCUGGGCGAAGCCAGGACGCGAACAGGACCUUUGGCAAGAGAGCUCUUGCCCAGGGCUCUACGCCUGUGAUCCUCAUCACUGACCCAUUCAGAAGCAUCAGCAGCUCUCAGCUAUCGGCUAUGGCGUCGUCGUCGCUGUCCCCAUCCCCUGGCCCAUCUUCCUCGAAUCUAGUCGCCUCGCUCACUUACCCCUUGACGGCAUGUCUCCCUUCACAACGACGCUCGGCCGGCGAGCCUUCCACUUCCUACCCUUCUCUCUUCGGUCGAAGACAAAUCUCCAACCAGUCCAGAGGUAGCGGCAGGGACGACUUUGCCUCCCUUCUGCACCGCUCCUCCCGAGGCGAUGCCGGAACAGAUACAGAGUCAGACACGGACGCCAUCUCCCUCCUCUCGGGCAUCGCUGCCCGCUCUCCCACUUCCUCAACGGCAGCCCGAGCUCGAGCGGUAGAGCGAGCUCGACAGAGGAGGAGAGAGCAACGCGCUCGACAGGCCGGCUUGUGGGGAUUGGGAGACUGGGCGAGCGAAUUGCUUGCCUGUGGGCUUUUUGGAAGACCGAAGAGUCAGAGGCGGAGGCAGGGGUUGGGAGAGGAGAGAGGCGAGAGAGAGACGGACACAGCGCUUCGUGAACCGCUACUCGAAGACGAGGGUACUGGAGAUGAAGGUGAGGGCCGACUUGGGAAUUCGGAGCUGGAGAGUGGAGACGAGGACGCAAGAUCCCUUGCGGAGGAAGCUCUGGAUGCUCAGGUCGCUGCUUCUCGAGAUCAAUUGGCGCAGGAGCCUGUCCCAGCCAAAGCCUCCAAGCUGAAUGAUCAGGCUGUAGAAGACGAUAUAUCGGCUAUACAGGCAGCAGAGGAGGCAGCUCUCGCCGCUGAGGAAGAGCAAGCCGUACUUGAUGCUCAGCGCAAAGCGGCAGAUAAGGCAGCCAGGGAGGGCUUGCUCGCCAGGGAAGCGACGAAGUCAUCACAAAUAAUGUCACAAGCAGAGAUCGAAGCAGAGGCCGAAGCUGCGGCUGGAGGUUUCGAGAUUGAUGAAGAAGCUGGACCUCUGCACGACGGCCAAGAUGAAGACAUGGAUCGCGACGGCUAUUACGAUGUUGACGAAGAUAGGAGCGAGCAAGCGUACUCUGAUGCAGAUGAACCUUACUACGACAAUGAGACUUCACCCUCUGCCGUCAUCCAUCAUCACCACUACUACGACUACCAGCCAUCCGAACAGCACACCACAGACCCGCUAUCCUCCACAGCCUUAACAAGCCCUUCGACUGUCCACCCCGAGCCGGACGAGACACUCCAGGAUGGAGCAGACGAGGAAGACGAAGCAGACAUGGCCGGUCUGGGUCUUGGACCACGAAGAAAAAGGGGAUACAGCGCCAGCGUCAAUCGCAGCAGUGACGGUAAGGUCAGGAGCCGAGAUGGUAGCAGCGCCAACGACAGAGUCGGAUCUCAGCCGUACUCAGGCCGCCUUUCAGGCUCAGGCUCAGGCUCUGGGACUGGCUCAGCUGCUCCCAGUAGGAGGAGUGGAGAGAAGCACUACCAGUACCCUGCCGCCGCAUCGAGUGCUUCAAGAGAGUCCUCAGGUCCGAGGAAGAGGCACGGCAGCGCUGGUCCUCCCUCCCUGGGCUCCAGCUCAAACAACGGUGCCCGCCGCUAUCAGCUUCCCCGCACUGCACACAAGAUGGACGAUAGCGCUGCGGAUGCCGCUGCUGGGGGGUUCGACGAUUGGGAGGUCCCGGCUUCUGCUACAGGCGGUGCAGACGAGCAGACAGAACAGCACGAGGAGGAAGGAGAUGAGGCAGUGCAAGAAGAUGUGGACGUGUGGGGCUCGCCGAGCAGUCAGAUCUCACCGAAGAAGAUGAGCUACAGGGAGAGACGCUACCUCGGCAAUGAGCAGGUCAGUGACGGUGGUAGAGGCGGUACUGCUGGGAGUUCGGACGGUGGACGAUCCUCGGGUGGAAGGAGCGGGAGGAGUCGAAAGGAACGGAGAGCUACAGCGAUGGACGAAGGGCUGGAAGAGGCGGACGAACUGUAA